UGAAGCUUUAUUGUAAUAAUUUCCCGUCCUUUAUGGAUGAAUUCCGGUAGCCCCACAGAAGUAUCUUGAUCUACUUCUAGUUAGGGCCCUGUGGUAAAGGAUCAAAUAUCGAGAAUGGGCCGUCGUGUGGUUCGGUUGUUGUCCCUGGCCGGAACGGCCAACGCCGUGCUCAAGGAGAGGCCCGUGUCCAAGGUGAUCAAGCUGUUGAAAGACAUGCAGACGCAGCUCGAAACGGAGGGCGAAGAAGACCAAGCAACGUACAAGAAGAUGGGCUGCUGGUGCAAGACCACAAAGAAGGAUACAAAAGCAUCAAUCGAAGCCAACAAGAGGUGCAUCAGCCAGUCAACAGCCAAUAUAGAAGCAGCGACAGGGCGAAAAGCAGCUGCUGCAGCAGAAGUGAAAGCACUGGAAGCAGCUAUUGCGGAAAAUACAGACGCAUUAGAAAACGCCAAGGAAAUGAGGGCGAAGGAGCUUGCUAGGUAAUGUCGUCAUAAUAUUAAGCCACCAGCAGAUGACGAAGUAUGUAAUAUUUAUUUGGUGGUGUGAGUGGUUACGAAUACGAGGCAAUGCCACCAAAAAAGCCGAAAACGAAUUUUUAUGAAAAUGCUCAGUAAAUAUCGUUGUUCAGUCCUUGACCUUAUCCUCUUGUACGCAAAGAUCCGUUGCGGCGACGGUGAUUAAGAACAACCAUCUGCAAAAAUUACAGACCGGAAGGAACACCAUCUCGCCGUAUCUCAGAAAUAUCUUCUUCUACAUCAAUACAACAGUUUCUCAACGGAGGAGCGGGAGAUGAUACAAGCUAUUGGCGCAUUGAAAUCAGCGGUUACGGUUCUGAAAAAACACAACUCCUUCCUGCAGACAGACGAAAAAUAUCAGCAAGUCCGAAACACACUAGUAUCCAAUAUUUAUGGUGGUUUAUUUCAAUCUUCACUACCAACAAUAUCCAAGAAUGUGCUUUGUGAGAGCGGCAUGCGUAAGUACUUAGUUCGUAGUCUCUCUCAACAGAAAAUUUCUUGGAUAUUGCCCUCACAAAAGAAACUACGUACUAGAUCUAAUACAAGCAGCUCAUGAACCUCAAGCACCGAGGAGAGUUAUCUGAUGGCCAGCAGCAAACUAUUCAAGAGUUCAUCCAGCAGCCCAGCUUCUCCGCCUACAGGUGAGCAAAAUAUGGAAAAUCUAAAUUUUCUAAAGAUUUGAACUUCGAUAUACAUCAACAAUCUAUAUACAACAUCUGUCCGCAUUGAGUAGUGGUAUUCGUUUCCGAUUUUUAGACUAUUCGCAAAAGGGUUAUUUCCAUACACAAUUACUUCCAUAAAAUAGUUCCCAGUCCGGCGAAAUUUUCGGUAUUCUGGAGAAUAUGCUCGAUACGUUCACCGCGGAUUUAAAGGAGUCUAGGGAAACGGAAAUGACCGCUAUUGCCCAGUUCACAGCACAGAAGAAGAUGAAAGAAGACAUGAUCGCUAAGGUACUUGUUGAGAACCCUUCGUUGUACUUGACGAUUUGUUCCUGUCGUGUAACCUGGACGAUCUUUCCUGUCGUGCAUCAUGUUUUGGAAAUUCUAAAUUUUCUAAAGGUACUUCUGAAUCAACCGGAUGAACCCUUAUUACCUUGUACACGACCUUGUUGUGAGCAGUCUCUUCGUGUCAUCCACUACCUCGAUGUGAGCAGUCUCUUCGUCAUCCACCAUUUCCUCGACCCCUCCCCCGCCCUUCAGGACAACGCUUCCCUGAAGAAGGAGAAGGGGAAGUUCGCUGAAGCCAGCAAGUCACUGGCUGAGAAUACUGCCAAGAAGGCCGAAUGCGAAGCUGGACUGGAGGCAGAUACGACGACGCUAGCGGAAGCUACCGAGACUUGCACUCUCGCUGAUGCAGAAUUCGCAGAGCGAACCAAGGCACGGGCUGAGGAGAUGGAUGCCGUUGCGAAGGCUCUUGAGUUCCUGAACUCGGAUUUAUGGCCCCACGUUGCAAAAAGAAAUAGCCAGUAGUAGUGUCUUCUAAACCCCUGGAGUGGGUACAUUCAUUCAUUCAUUCAUACUCAGCUGUACACUAGCACACUGUACGUACACUAGGCGUGGGCAUCCGCCACUAGCAGUAGGAGGAGUGAUCCUUUUCGAAUAUACGUGAAUAUGUUGUUGUUUUUAACUGGUCUUUCUUUUUUCUAGUUAGGUCCGUCGGCGCCACCACGAAUAGGUUGUUUUUAACGCUUGCAUCAUCUUCUAAUCUACGAAGCUCAUGCUAUGUUCGGUCGCGCCCUAGGGUUCCUGCAGGUCGAGAACAAAAAUUUGUCAAACGUGGAGCGAGCCCAGCAAAUUUUGCGUCGCGCCGGAAACCGAUUCGCCAAUAAGGAGUUGCUCAUCUUGGCGCAGAAGGUAACUUUUUUGAAUUUCGCCUCAGAAUGAUCAAUAGAGGUAAAAAACGCCGCUCAAUUUCAUGUAUUUUUCCAUUUCAUGUAUUUUUGAUCCGAAGACAACGACCAGCAUCCCCUUCCACUUCGAGGUGAAAUCCAACGCCUUCGCCCCAGUCAUUCUCGCAAUUGACCAAUUGGUCAAGGAUAUCACGAAGCAGAUGGCCGACGAUGUCAAGCAGAAGGAUACGUGCACGAGCGAAAUCAACGAGCGCACCGCAUUGACCACCGCCCUCGCGAACGAUAUUGCUAACCUCGCUGCCGCCCAAGAGCGCCUUGAGAUCAAGAUCCAGGGUCUCGAACAGGGAAUGAAGGAAACUGAGGAAGCCAUCGAGAAGGAGGAGGCCGGAUUGAAGGAACUGAGUGAGAUCCGCGCACAAGAAAACCAGGACUACCAGGUGGCGCUUGCGGAUGAGAAGGCUUCGAUCAAGGUCUUGAAGAAGGCCGAGGAAGUGCUGGCCAAGGUACUACUAAAAUCUAAAGUUUAUAGACGAUUUUUGAGAAUGAGAUGUAGAUCUAGAUUCUGCAGUUGCAACUUGAAGAACAUAAUUUAUGACUUAAGCUUUAUACAUUUUUUUCCUCAAACUCCUCUCAACUACAAGUACAACCAGGUCUACGCUCCCAAGCUUCUCCUCCAAUCUUCUUCCGAUUCUUCUUCCGCCCAACCGGCUUUCAAGAGUUACGAGAAGAGUGGUGGCGGCAACAAGGUUCUCUCGAUGAUCGCGAGCAUCAUCGCCGAUGCCGAAAAGAGUGCAGCAAUCCGCAUUCAGAACGAGAAGGCAGCCCAAUCCGAAUACGAGAAAGCCGUGACGGACGCCAACCUGUCCAUCAAGGACAAGAAGGCGCUUCACUCGCAGUUGCGGGAUGAAAAUUAUGAUGAGGACUCAAUAUUAUAGCUGGAUCAUGGGGUAAACUACACUUUAACAUGCAUUAUAGCUGGAUAAGAAAGGGAUUCCAAAAUUUAAUCUGUUUCAAAUGAUCAUAGAUAGCUGCAGGCUCUGCCUUCUAAACUAAUCUAUUAGUUUUAGUAGAUUUCUGCACUGGUCGAAGUAGCCUCACAGUUGUAGCGUUAGUAUCAUGUUGUGUGCUCUAACCCACGGCCAGCGCUGAAGAGGACCUGCAAGAAAAGACGGAGAAGAAGAAGUUCGCGAUCGAUGAGAAGUACAAUGAGGACUUGCAAUUGAAGCAGUGGAAUGCCGACUGCAAGUUCUUGUUCGACAACUUCGCCUCCCGCCAGGAGCACAUGACUGGCGAAAUCGAGGCGCUCAACGAGGCAAAGUCUUUCCUGCAAGGAAUGAAAAUUUGAGGAGCUAGAGUUUGCUUAGAAAUGUAGAAGUCGUUUUAGAAUAAGCACUUUGCUGACGCUGAGGUUGGCGCAUUUAGAUUCUGUUGCGUAGUAAAACAGUGUAGACGCAUAUUUGUACUUGUUGGUGCAUAGGUAGAUUCACAAGAAUGUUUUUCUCACGUCUGUUUCGUUGUUUUUGAUUUAGAUUUUUCAUAGCACAUACUUACACAUUAUAUAUAAAGUUUUCAAAAUGUACGAGUGUUGACACAGAGUGUGGUGAGCCGAUCUAGGCGAGGUCAUUUCGAACAGUAGUUUCGGUUUGAUAGAUUUGACAAUGGCAUUGACACUCUUCCCAAAUUUUUAUGACUUGGCAUCAUUCUGACUUGAAUUUUUAUAGACAUUGGCUUUGGCAACUAUCAAGAAAGAAUGGAACAAUAAAAUCACUAUCACAUCUGGUAUGGAAAGUGGAGGGUGUUGAUGUGGAGGCAUGGACUAAAGCUAUCACAUCACCCCUCACGACGGACUCAGUAAUUGGUAAAGACUUGCAUCAAGACGAGUGAGCUCGGUCAUUUUGGUACACCGCACACCGGGGUCAACUACCGAUAGAGAAACUUCUAGGGCCUAGCUGGCAGCAGCAGGAAUGCCAUUCGCCCGAACUGUCGACGUCAG